GUACGCAAGCUGCAACGUGCCGAAGCGGCCCUGGAAGCUGAACAUGGUUCAUUCGUACGGUUGUCACAGUUGAGUUGUGAGCUGGUAGCCCGUCUUGAGAAAAGUAACGGUAGCGCUGCAAACGACGUACGCCGACGUUUGGAUACCGUAACACAACGAUGGGACAACUUAGUGGCACGAAUUGAGGAGCACAGUAGAACGCUCGUCCAAAGUGGUAAAGCGGAUGUGCGUCAACUUAGGAAAGUUGAGCCGUUGGCUAGCUCGUCCGGUAUUGAACACGGUACGAAAGCUGACCGAGUCGUAAAACCCAAUGAGACUUCACUUAAAGUGACUACACUUGAAGAGUUGGCUGCCGAGGCUGAAACGACCAGCGAAACUGAAGCGGAAGAAGCUAAAAAUCAGGUAGCAACACUAGUUGGUCAUUCCUCCUCGAAAUUUCUGAUUUCUUCACCGAAGUCGAAACUAAAAAUGUCAUUUUCAUCUCGUAACAAAAAGUUUCUAUCGGGACUUUCGACGUUUAUCGAAGCAGUCGCAUCAUAA